CUCUCUCUCUCUCUCGCUCCCAUGCCCAACCGCUCAACCGGAGCAGUGGUCGAAGGUGCAGUCAGCCAAGUUCUCGAUCCUCGAGCACCAGAUGGACCCGAGCAGCAACUUCAGCAGCUACCGCAGCACUCUGAAGGCGGCCAUGUGGCGUAGCGCCGGCGCUACGGACGAGAGGCAACGCAUCGUCGUACCCUUCUUCAGCCUCCUCGUCAAGGACCUGUAUUUCCUCAACGAGGGCUGCAGUAACAAAUUGCCCAAUGGACACAUAAACUUUGAGAAAUUCUGGCAGUUGGCCAAACAAGUGACGGAGUUCAUAGCUUGGAAACAAGUGGCUUGUCCUUUUGAAAAGAAUCCGAGGGUUAUAGCUUUCCUUCAAGCCAGUCCUGUACUUACUGAGAAUGGUACGUGUCAAUUUCAUUUUUUCGAUUUACGCACUUAACCCUUUGCGCAAAAUGGCCCUAAAUAUGCAAUAAAUUAAUGAAAAACAUUUAACGCGCUUA